CAACUCUGUUCACAAUUAUCUGGGUAUAACACUAGAUACAGCUUUCUUAUAUAGAUCUAUAGCUCUAUAAUUAUCAGUCUCUGGCUAUACUGCUAUAGCACUGUGUCCUUGUGUCUGUUGGUCUGGAAUUAAAAAGUACAGUAUUCUAUAUACUAGUAUCAGAGAGAACAUGCACUGCACCUGGUUGGUGCUGCUACUGACCCUAGCUACUGUUACCAGGAGUGAGCACUAUCACAUCGUGCCAGUGGAUUUAACCGACUUGUGUAAUGACUAUCGAAAUGGAACUUGUUUCACUCUCGAGCAGCUUGUUCAAACAGCCCUGUUAUCUGGUGGAGACAAUCUCUCCUUGAGCUUUCUACCUGGAGAUCAUAUAUUACGUGAAAUGCUUUAUAUCUAUAAUUUCAGAGAGGUGAUUAUUGCUGGCCAAAAUGCCACCAUCAGUUUGAACAGUUCUGGUAGAGUGCAGUUAUCUAAUAUCAGUGCAUUGAGUAUCGAAGGUUUGCAUUUCACUGGAGCAGGUGAUGAAAGUAGUUCAGGCUACAUGAACAUUUCUCAAUGCUAUUUGGUAGACUUGAAAUUGCUAAAGUUGGAAGCUUGUACACUCUGGAUCACUCGUACGGUAACUGUGACGAUUGAACAAGUUCUCUUUGUGAACAACACUGGCAUUGACAGAGCAUUACGUGUUGUUGAGGCUGAUACUGUGUACAUUGAAAAGAGUGACUUCUUCAGUAACGAUGGUGGUGCAGUGAAGAUUAAAUCAAAUCAAACUGUUAUUAAUGGUUCAAGGUUCGAUUCCAAUACUGCUGCAUAUGGUGGAGCAGUGUUUGUGGUCUCUGCAAGUGUGACUAUCAGUUGGAGCAACUUUACAAAUAAUAGCGCUUAUCAUAAUGGUGGAGCGAUUAGUACCUCCGAAAGUAAUUUGACCAUAUACAACUGUGCGCUACUAAACAAUAGUGCUAUCCUUGAUGGUGGAGCAAUUUAUAGCCAGGAUGGGAGUGUCUCAAUCUCCGACAGUGAGCUAGCGUACAAUAGUGCUAUCGAUAGCGGUGGAGCAAUUUAUAGUGAGGAUGGGAGUGUCUCAAUCUCUGACAGUGAGCUAGCGUACAACAGUGCUGAAUAUGGUGGAGCAAUUUUAACCUCCGAAAGUAAUUUGUUCAUUUCCAACUGUACGCUACUAAACAAUAGUGCUAUCAUUGACGGUGGAGCAAUUUUAACCUCCGAAAGUAAUUUGUUCAUUUCCAACUGUGCACUACUGAACAAUAGUGCUAUCGAUAGCGGUGGAGCAAUUUAUAGCCAGAAUGGGAGUGUCUCAAUCUCCGACAGUGAGCUAGCGUACAACAGUGCUGAAGGAUUAGGUGGAGCAAUUUUCACAUUUGGAAGUAAUUUGACCAUAUACAAUUGUGCACUACUGAACAAUAGUGCUAUUUUUGACGGUGGAGCAAUUAAUAUCCAGUUUGGGAAUUUCUCAAUCUCCGACAGUGAGCUAGCGUACAACAGUGCUGAAAGAUCAGAUGGAGCGAUUUCGGUUUUGACUGGAGAGUUACUGAUAUCUGAUAGCGAGCUAACAAACAACAAGGCAGCCUCUGGUGGAGCGAUUGGACUUUUCAUAGUUAAUGCAUCUAUCAUGAGCUGUAAUAUAACGGACAAUGAAGCUGUAGUUGAUAGUGACAGUAUAGCUGUAUUUGGUAAUGGAGGAACUAGUCUUGGUGGAGCGAUUUUGGUAUAUACUGGAAAUAUAUCCAUCUCCAAAGUCAUGUUUAAAAAUAACAGUGCUGACUUUGGUGGAGUGUUUUUUGUUGCUGGUGGCACUGUGAACAUUUCUGACUCUGUGCUCACAAACAACAGAGCCACUCAACAAGAUGGAGUGAUUGCGGUUGCUAUCUCAACUUUGAUAAUUACUAAUACAAGCAUAUUUGACAAUUUAGAGGGUGAAAAUAUCAUUUACGCAGUGCAUUCUAACUUGUCAUUUACGGGAGUUAACAACGUUAGCAAUAAUGUCAACCCUGUGUAUGCUCUAAGCAGUCGAGUGGAGUUCAAUGGACCCACAACUCUCAGUAACAACCGUGGUGUGCAGGGUGGAGCCAUCAGAGCAAUCCAGAGUCAAGUCUAUAUCAAUGCAGAAGGAGUGGUCAUUUCUAACAAUACUGCUACUGUUGGAGGAGGUGUGUUUCUGAGAGAGAGCACACUCUUUGUUCACUAUCCAAUAGAGAUUUCUCACAACACAGCACAAAAUGGUGGUGGGAUUUAUGCAUACUCAAGCGAAAUUGAAUUUGAUUCGAAGGUCACUACUGGUUGUAUAUUUAAUAAUAACUUUGUCCUGUGUACAUGUAGUGACAUAGAACCUGUACUGUUUGUGAGUAUUAUAGAUCGAAAUGAUGCUCAAAAUGGAGGAGGUAUUUAUGCAGUCGCUUCAAACAUUAAGGCUUUUUCUCACGCUCACGUCCAAAUCAAGUCAAACUCAGUAAACAAUAGCGGAGGUGGAGUGUAUCUACAACAAAGUUCCAAGAUCUAUAUUUUGAAACAGGACUUGGAGCUAGAGAUUGGUAAAAUGCUAGUCAUACUAGAAAUCCACAAUAACACGGCUCAAUAUGGAGGGGGGAUAUUUGUGGCAGACAGUACUGAGAGUGGUGUGUGUAGAGGAGAGGAUGUAACUACUGCAGGAGAUCUGACACAAACAGAAUGCUUCAUUCAAACUCUAGAUCUCUAUGGUUUUGAUAUCAAUUUUGUUGAGACUUUGAUACCUUUUGUCAAAUCUUCCCAGUCUAAUUCAUAUGAAGAAGAAGUUAAGUGUUUGAACAGUACAUCAAUUAAUCAUCGCAACACUUUUUUGACAAACAACACAGCUUCCCAGUCAGGAGCAGAUAUUUACGGAGGUCUUUUGGACAGGUGUACGGUGGAUGUAUCAGCCGAACUCUCUUCAUCAGACAAUGGAUUUGAGUACUUGAACAAUACUGUGCAUUAUUCAUGGAUAGCUUCAAAGGCUGUCAGAGUGAAGUUGUGUAACACCACCAAGCAGACCAUUUCUGUUAGAAAAGGACAAGCAUUCACAAUAAGUGUUAUGGCUGUAGACCAAGCUGGAAAUCCAAUGAAUAAUGCCAUAAUUCACAGUUCUGUUAUCACUGAGAGCAGUAGAGUUGAUCGUCUUAAAGAAGGACAAGCACAGCAAGAAGUUGGCAAUCAGUGCACAGAAUUAGAGUAUAAUGUAUUCUCACAAGACAGCUCUGCUCAAGUGGAACUCUAUGCUGAUGGUCCAUGCAACAAUUUGGGAAUUUCAAGACAAAUUCUAAACAUAUCUUUUCUAAAGUGUGAAUGCCCUAUUGGACUCAGGCCAAUCAUGUCCUCAAUUGAGUGCAAGUGUGACUGUGAUCCAGUCUUGCAACAAGAAUAUCAGAUAACAAACUGCUCUGAGGAAAAUGGGACCAUAAAAUUGGAAAGCAAUAACAACAUAUGGAUAGGAGUGACUAAUACUACUAACGGAAGUGGGUAUGUUGUUAGUAACUGUACAUUUGACUAUUGUGUACUAAAACCAGUCAACAUCAGUCUAAGCAACCCUGACGAACAAUGUGCCCACAAUCGAAGUGGUGUCUUGUGUGGAGAAUGUGAACCAGGACUGAGUCUUGUGUUAGGUACUUCACGAUGUGAACUCUGCUCAAACACUUACCUUCUCCUGCUACUCCCGUUUGCCCUGGCAGGCAUAGUACUAGUCGCAUUCAUUCUCGUUUUCAACAUUACCGUAGCAACAGGCACUAUCCAUGGGCUGAUCUUCUACACUAAUGUAUUAGCUGCAAAUCAGUCGAUUUUCGUACCUUUUCAUAACCCUUUGACAGUUUUCAUAUCGUGGGUGAAUCUUGACUUAGGUAUUGAGACAUGCUUUUAUGAUAGAAUGAACUCUCAAGCAAAAGUGCUCCUUCAGAUUGUCUUUCCCGCUUACCUGUUUCUUCUGAUGUUCUUAAUAAUCAUUUUAAGCAAGUACUUUGACUCAUUUGCAAAGCUCCUCUCCAACAGGAACCCAGUUGCUGCCCUAGGCACACUCGUCCUACUCUCUUAUUCCAAACUCUUACGGUUUAUCAUUGCUGCACUGCAAUACAGGGUCUUGGAUUAUCCUGAUGGUGCAACCAAGGUAUUGGAUUUUCCCAACAAUUCAAGUGAUAUAGUUUGGUUGUAUGACGGCAAUGUGCAAUAUUUCACUCCCGGUCAUGUCCCUCGGUUUAUUUUUGCCGCCAUAAUCCUCAUUUCUGGUAUAUUGUUCACUGUACUGCUCUUCUUUGGACAAUGGCUUCCUCGCUGUUCAAAAUGGAAACUCACGAAAUGGACUAAGAACACAUACUACAUUGGUUUCAUGGAUGCAUACCAUGCUCCAUUCACUCCCAAGCAUCGCUACUGGGUGGGACUGCUCCUAUUUUCUUUGAUUGCUCAUAAUCUAAUAACAGCCUUGGCUUUGGACACUUCUCUCCCUGUACUAUCAGCUGGAUCUAUAACUGUUGGACUGAUUGUUUUCAAAUCGCAGAAUUAUCCAGUGUACAAAAUACGAUUCAAUGAUUUACUGGAAACACUCUUUUUCCUCAAUCUUGCAAUUCUAGCGUAUGGCACCCUCUACAUAGGAAACAUCAAUGAGAGUCAAGUCAUAAUAUCCAACAUUUCAAUGGCAGUGGCUUUUAUUUUGUUUGUGGUGAUAGUUUGCUACCAUUGUUACGAGUACAUGUUGAAGAAAGUUCCUGUUCUGCAAAACUCACUCAAACUGAGAAAAAGGAUUCCACGAGUUCGCAAACUGGAAAGGUACGAAAUGGAGAACAAAGAAACCUGAACAAACGCGGACAGAUGUGAUCCGUACACUGACGGAGCCAUGGAAGAAGAUGACCCUGAUCGUUACAUCACUCCUCCCAUCAUCCGACCUGCCACGAGGCCAGACCAGCUGAGAGAGCCUGCCCUGGACGUACUAACCCCCCUCACCACAGAGGACUACAGACCAGCCCCUCCCCCUCCUCAAAACAAUACACUCGAAGUCACGCACACUGUCAUCGAUGUCGUGAAAGAGUAACAUUAACAAUGUAGAAUUAUAUAUAUUGACUUUUGGACUAGAUUCAGUUACUUGUAACGACUUUGCUAGUAUAUCUGUGUUGUACUGUUUCAAGCGUGGGUUCCUGUUACUAUUGCAUGUACUUCUUGUGUAAUAAUAGUUCUCUUUUAAUACUGCUUUGUGCUCUAGCCCGGCGGCCUGCUCCUAGCGGCGCCCCUAUAGCUUUGUGUAUUGGAGCCUCUGCUCCACUGUCUUUGUUGUACUUAUAGUAU